GAUCUGUGUGGUUUUAUUUGUGCUGUGCUAUUAUUUUACUAUUGUGGAUUCUAUGUUGAAUAUGCAUUUAGAGAUUGACGUCCAUAUAAAAGCGACUUUGUAGUUAUACGUAAGGCAUUGAAGUAGCUGUAUCGUAUUCUGUCGGUUCGAUGCAUUCAGUGUUUGCGCGGUUUGUAGGCUAAACGUUAUUUGGCACCUCUGCCGCGGUUACGAACCACGCGAUUAAUUACUUCAAUGGCAGCGCGUGACAUUGUCUCCGGAGUCGCGUAUCUGACUGGGAAUUUUGUGAAUAUCAGAGGGAUAUCCCAGCAUUAUUAUUCUCCACAUGGUUAUGGCUACGGUGGGAGCUGUUAAGGUAGGUUAACUCACUGUGAAGUCUCAGCUAAAGCAGAGAACUGAUGACGUUAGGUUGAAUGACCAAUCGGAAGGCGCUGCCCUUUGGAGACAAACCAUUUUACUUGUAGUGGCUGCAUCAAGUCUGGAAGCAAGGACUCAAAUUUAACAGAAUCCACCUUAAAAUCUCUGCCUUUACUCAAGCCCACCUUCCACCAUACCGCGUGAGAAUUACAGGACAAAAAGGAUAAAUUGUGGAGGUAAUAACGCAAUAUCUCCUAACCAAGGAGAGAAAGAAACGAACACAACGAAAGGACUCAUUUGGACUUCAGAGAUAGGGGGUAAGUGCUCUCAAAGCAGAAAAUUUGAUGAUGACCAUGACUACGAUGGCUGACGGUCUGGAGGCUCAAGACUCGUCAAAAUCUGCUUUCAUGGAGUUUGGACAGCAAUCGCACUCACAACAGAGCUCCCCGUCGAUGGCCGCCAGCCAUUAUCCGCUCCACUGUCUUCAUUCUGGGUCUCAUCAUCAUCAUCAGCACGACAGCUCUCCGUACUCCGGCUCGAACUCCUAUAACAGGUCGCUACCUUACUCCUAUGUAAGCCAUCCACACCACAGUCCAUACCUGCCGUCCUACCACAGUAACGCCAGCGGAGCACAGACCAGGUUAGACGCCACAGAACAGCAGAAAACAACAGUGAUUGAAAAUGGAGAAAUACGUUUCAACGGAAAAGGCAAAAAGAUCAGAAAACCGAGGACGAUUUAUUCCAGUUUGCAGCUCCAGGCACUAAAUCACCGUUUCCAGCAGACUCAAUACCUGGCUUUACCAGAGCGCGCGGAACUGGCUGCCUCUCUCGGGCUCACACAGACACAGGUAAAGAUAUGGUUUCAAAACAAAAGGUCCAAGUUCAAGAAGUUGUUAAAACAAGGCGGCAACCCUCACGAGAGUGACCCUUUGCCCGGCUCCAUCGCCCUGUCCCCGCGCUCUCCAGCCAUUCCUCCUAUCUGGGACGUCUCAGCCUCCUCUAAAGGAGUAAACAUGUCUGCUAACAGCUACAUGCCCGGUUACUCACACUGGUACUCGUCGCCUCAUCAGGACGCCAUGCAGAGAUAGGCAACUAGCCCCUUUUUAGGCCAGAGGCCUUGAUGUUGACAUCCUGUCUUCGCCCAGUUCACGUGCGCUAGGACGCACAUUGUCAUCGGCUUAACUUCCUUAAUAGAGACCUAUUCUGGCAUAUUAAGGGGACGAUUUCUUUUGAAGGAUGAAGAUGUGGUGUGGCGAAGGUCAACAAUGGAACUAACUGUCGGUAGCAUCAUAAACAGAUUGAUUAAAAAUCUGUUCUCACGUUUGACUCUAAUCAAACACAUUCAUCGCCAACAUGAAAUCGGAACAGGAAGCUAAACGUUUUGUCACAUCACACGCGCACGCACGCGCUUGAGUCGCAUUUGAAAACGAACUCAAACCUCUUGGGUAGAUGUUUCUGAUCAUGCAAAAGCAAGCAAUUUGAUUGUAAAUAUAUUGUCCGAUUUUAGUUGUUAAAAACUUUUUAUGUUUUGUCAUAAAUGGAGUAAACAUGACUUCAAGUAACGUGUCGUGCUUUUUUUCUUUU